UAUGGAUAAACCAUCUAGCUCUUCACCAAAAAAAAAGAAGACUAGAGGUGUCACAGCAUUGCUACGUUUCAUUGCCAAACUUCCUGAUGGUGAAAAAUACCAAAUUGAUUUUGAUCCUGAUACCUUCCAACCCAUUGGUCAGUAUGCUGCAAAGUUUAAAAGUUAUUUGUCAUUCAUUGCACGUAGCAAGGUUAGUAUAAAUGAAAAGCAAUGGAAAAAGAUAAGCGAUAAGUUGAAGGACGUGAUAUGGGACGAUAUCACGUGUAAGUUCACUUGCCCCACUGAUAAAGAAUUUAGGAAGCAUUGGUUUGUUUAUAUGGGGGAACGAUUGAAGCAAUUUAAGACAUUGCUCUCAAAUGUCUAUAUAUUUGGGAAAGGAGAUAAGCAUGGAAAUACAACUCCAUUUGAAAAGUAUAAAUUUAUCAAAGAAGAAGAUUGGGAUUUGUUUGUCCAGACUCGACAAAAAGAAGAUUUUCAAGAGAAAAGGCUAAAAGGAAAGACACAUGCAUCAAAGAAUAUCCACCCUCAUAUUUUGUCUCGUGGUGGUUAUGAAAAACUUAGGGCCACCGUAAUGGAAGAGAGGAGGAAAAAAGUGAUUGAAGAGGCCAAAGGUGAUGAAAGUUUGAUGGUUGACCCUCCCGAACUAAAGCGAUAUGAGGCAUGGUUGAUGGCUCGACAGAAGCCAUCGGGAAAUUUUACAUCUGAGGCAACAAACUUAGUAGCAUCUAAGAUUAUAUUCACAGACACCUCAUCAUAUGAAAAAGAGUCAAUUGAUCACAUCCGACAACUUUGGGCUCAAUUCUUUUUGCAAAAGGUUGAAGAGCAAGAGAACCAGGAAAAGAAAGAUUUAAUGACAAAACAGAAGCGAUUAAAAAAAACUUAUAUAUAGAUAUAUUUUUGUUCCAUGAAUGAUUUAUUGGUACAAGUUACAUGAACAAAGUGGUUGAAUUUUUUUCUUACAUGAAUACAAUUUUUGUUGA